AAUCCCUGUGGAAUAUCAGAAUCUCGCUGUAUACCGCCGCCGCCAUGGACGACACGGACAUGACAGAUGUCGCCUACGAUAUCGACAUUGAUGUAGGGCCCAAUGUGGAGCCGGCGCCAGUAGCGCAACCACAGCCGCAGCACGUUGUUGAGAAGAACACGGGCGAUGCCGAGGGAAGCAUACCCGCGGCGUAUCUAGAGGACAUUGUGAUCCACGAGCCAUGGCCCGAAUCCGUAAACCUCCAAGGCGUAAGUGACUUUGACCCCAAUGACCCGUUGUACUGGGCCAUGGAGCAUUGCCAGUCAGAACCGCGCGUCAAGCAGCUGCGCUGGGUCAACGACAACUCGGUCAAUCUCGAAUACUACAGCAAAGAAGAUGCCGCCUUGGCCUUGAACAUCCUCACGCACCCCGACAACGGCAACACGAGCAACCUUUCGCUGCAAGCGCCUCGCAAAGCAAAACCAUACUCGAAGAAGCCAGAAAGCCUUCUUACGGUCCGCCAGUCCAACGCUGGAGACCAGAAGCCAAGGGGCGCGGCGACAAGAAGCAACUACUACCAGCGCAAUCCAGAUGUAGCAGGAAACCGCCAGCGGGAGCCGCGACGGAGGCCCCCGCCAAAGAAAGACUACUUGGACUAUGGAGACACGGACAUGGACUCUCGCGAACGCAGCAGGCGGAGAGACAGCGGAGACGAGUCAAUGGGUGAUUCAGGCGUGGACCGAAGGGGCCCACGCAGGAACGGACGAGAUAUGCACAAUGACCGUGACAACCGGGGCAGGGGCAGAGGCGAUCGCCAGUCCACUGGCAGGUUCCGAAGCGACGGCCAGGGCAAAGAUAUUGAUUCUUACAGGCCUGGCUCGAGAAGUCCAAACGAGUCCCGCUUUGGUCGCCUACGAGGGCGCAGUGCCUCUCCUGCUUCCGACGAGGAAGGCGAUGGCCGGUUCGGAUUCGCAGAGGACACGACGCACACGGGGCGCAGCCGGUACCGAAGCCGAAGCCGUAGCCCCAAUCGACGUCGACGUGAGCCCAGCGCGGAUCGCUGGGUACAUGACCGCGCCAAUUACGAUCGUACUGGUGGAGGAGCUACAGGCGGAGGUCGAUGGCAAAAGGACGCCUACUUCGUGGACACCUCGCCCAUGGGCAAUCACCACCGGUCAAAUGCCAUUGAUGUAAAGCGAGGAAGCGGCGCGUCGCUGCUCGCACGCAUGACAAAGGAUGGCCAGCCUCUAGUUCCACAACAAAAGCGCUCUCUUGCGGAUAGGAUCACGCGCGAUGACGACGAGUCAGAGGGAUUCGGGCGGCUGAAGAACGACUACCGUGACCCCGACGUCACCGAAUUCUCUGAUCCAGCGCCGCCUCGUCGCGGCCUGGCCGAUCGCAUAUCGCGCGAUACCGAUAUGAAUAUCCGCGGGCAAGGACGGGCACACAGCCAAGAAGGCAUCAACAUUCGCGGCUCUGCUGAGCGUUCCGGAAGCGGCAUCAACAUACGCGGCGUGGCUAGUGGUGCUUAGGAUGCCGCUUCUGUAGAGUCUGUAUCUACAGACGAUUGGCAAUACGAUAAUACCGGAAUCUUUAAGAAUUGAUGACGAGUACUGUCCGUUGUCGUCGCGGAACUGUCAUGGAGAAUGCCGCUUCCGAGGAUACAUGGGACCAUGAUUCAGUAUGAAACAGCCGUCAAGGCAGAUUGCUUGUGGGGAUAUAUUUUUACGUUGCUCUAUGCGCUUCUCUCUCUUCGCGUGUCUUGCAUCAUGUUGGUGGGAUAUCCACAGCGGGCGUUAUCAAAAUCGCUACAUCUCUCGUUAUCGUUUCAGGCGCGUGGCUUUGAAUCUCGGACUCGGGUUGUUGUUGUUGUGCGCACAUACAUAGUCUACGCUGUUUUCUGCAGGUGCUGGUCAA